AUGGUAAGCACUCCAGGAGUUACAUAUCACUACCCAGUUGCAGUGGAACCAUGUCCACCUGACAGUUACCAGCGCUAUAGCUCAGACUGCAUACACGCCUGUACAAGCAAACGGGAUGACUUUACCUUCCUUACGAAGCACUUUGUUCUAUACUCCAAUGGCAGUAACGUCCGGGCACCGGAGGUAUAUUGCAACUACAUUGACGGUUACUACAGUCCUAAUAACAUCACGCUGUUUGACUUUGAUGAUGAAUUUCAGCAUUAUUUUGGAACUUACUGUGAACAUGUCAGCAAGAAAGAGCCAUGCAAAAAGGGAUUAAUGCCCCUACCAAAUGGAACUUGUGUUUUACCAUGUACUGGAGGACAGAUAAGGGAUGAUCAUGAUGACUUUAUAUGCAAACCUCAAUCAGAUGAAUCCAUUAUUUUAAAACAGACAACCAGUGGAGCAAAAUUUACAGAAAGGAAGAGAGACCAAACAACUGAAAAGACAAACCAGUCAAGGCCAGCGGUUUCUGGUGGAUUCAAAUUGUGGAUUAUAAUAUUAAUUUCAGUUAUCGUGGUGAUUUUGCUGAUUGUAGUUGUAGCUAUAAUAGCCUACUUCUUCAUGAAGGAAAGAAGAAAAAAUAAACGUAAAGAUAAAACACCAAAUGGGGAUAUUGAAGAGCAGAUUCCAAUGGAAGGUGAAGAACCAAAUGCAGAUGAUGGAACAGAUCAAGAAUCAGAUGAUAUGAAGGAGACAGAAACUCUUCUAGAAAAUGCAGAUGAACGGCCACUAGAAAAUGGAAUCCACAAACACCAUGUUGAAGUAAAAGUGGAGAAAAUUGUUGAAAAAAGUCCAGAGUCGGAGAGAAAAGAACAUCCUACCAAAAGCAAAAUGAAGGAACACGUAAAAAAUAUCAACCAGAAUGGGACCACAGAAAUUAACAACCAUGCAACUGUUCAAAAUAUUUAUAUUAACACUACUCCACCACAUGCUGACACAGUGAAUGCAUUGAAAGGAACUGCUGACAGUGUUGCUGCUGGGGCAAAAGGUGGUGAACUAAAGAAAUCACAUAACGACACACUAACCCCCACGAGAUGGAAUGCAUUGAACACACAGCCAGAGAGUGUAGGUUGUCUCAUAUCAGAUGGAAAUAUAGCUGGGACAGUGUUUAGAGUAGGAACAAGCUUUCUUAUGACAGCAUUCCAUGUCAUUAGUCACAUAAUUAAAAAAGAUCCAGAUGGCCCAAAUCAUGAAAACAACUUUGACUGGCUGCGGCUGACAUGUGAUGGAGUGUAUCCCAACUUUAAUGAUUCAGUAACUGAUAAGCCAAAAAUAGUGUCAAAAGUUUCUUGUAUUUUCUAUAACAUCACAUUGGACGUGGCUGUUCUCCAGUUUGAUGUCAUCAGUGACCUGCCAAGAAAAAUGAUAUUAGAUACAUCUGGAUAUUUAAAACCAGACAGAGUAUAUAUUAUUGGGUUCGGACACCCAGAGAAUACUUUGAAAAAGCAUAUUGACCCAUCUUGCAAAGUUAUACCAUCUAACAGUUCAGAAAUUAGAAACGCUCAUGUGUGGCUCCUAAAGGAUGGCAGAUAUUACAGAGAGAAAGUAGGCAAUCCUGAUCUUGUAGAUACUGGCUAUCACGGGUAUGAUGAUCCACACAAGAUAAUCUUAAACUGCUAUCUUGAGCAUGGUGCUUCUGGUGCACCACUUCUGGCUGUAGAUAACCAGCGUUGUGUUGUAGUGGUAGGCAUUCUUACUAAUGGUAUCCCAGAUUUUUACUUUCAUUUGUCUCCAGCAGACCAAAGGGCUUUUCCCACAGCUUACAGAUUUGAAUAUGGAACAAGAAUGAAAGACAUCUAUCAUGCUAUUCAGGAAGCCAAUCCAGAGUUAGCCAAAGAUAUUUUUGGGGAACAAUGAGAUAAAAUAUGCUGUAGAAACUUAGUACCUCGAACUCGUUUAUCUUGAAAUUAUGUUUAUAUUGAAAGAAUGUUCCCUCUUAAUGUAUUUAUGUCUCCCCAAGGAGACAUAUUGUUUUUGCCCUGUCUGUCCGUCCGUCUGUCCUUCCGUCCGUACGUCACACUUCAUUUCCGAGCAAUAACUGGAGAACCAUUUGACCUAGAACCUUCAAACUUCAUAGGGUUGUAGGGCUGCUGAAGUAGACGACCCCUAUUGUUUUUUGGGUCACUCCGUCAAAGGUCAAGGUCACAGGGGCCUGAACAUUGAAAACCAUUUCCGAUCAAUAACUAGAGAACCACUUGACCCAGAAUGUUGAAACUUCAUAGGAUGAUUGUUCAUGAACAGUAGAUGACCCCUAUUGAUUUUGGGGUCACUCCGUCAAAGAUCAAGGUCACAGGGGCCUGAACAUUGAAAACCAUUUCCGAUCAAUAACUAGAGAACCACUUGACCCAGAAUAUUGAAACUUCAUAGGAUGAUUGAUCAUGAAGAGUAGAUGACCCCUAUUGAUUUUGGGGUCACUCCGUCAAAGGUCAAGAUCACAGGGGCCUGAACAUUGAAAACCAUUUCCGAUCAAUAACUUGAGAACCACUUGACCCAGAAUGUUGAAACUUCAUAGGAUGAUUGUACAUGCAAAGUAGAUGACCCCUAUCGAUUUUGGGGUCACUCCAUUAAAGGUCAAGGUCACAGGAGCCUGAACAUUGAAAACCAUUUCCGGUCAGUAACUUGAGAACCACUUGACCCAGAAUGUUGAAACUUAAUAGGAUGAUUGGUCAUGCAGAGUAGAUGACCCCUAUUGAUUUUGGGGUCACUCUGUGAAAGGUCAAGGUCACAGGGGCCCGAACAUUGAAAACCAUUUCCGGUCAGUAACUUGAGAACCACUUGACCGAGAAUGAUGAAACUUCAUAGGAUGAUUGGUCAUGCAGAGUAGAUGACUUGAGAACCACUUGACCCAGAAUUAUGAAACUUCAUAGGAUGAUUGGUCAUGCAGAGUAGAUGACCCCUAAGGAUUUUAGGGUCACUCUGUUAAAGGUCAAGGCCACAGGGGCCUGAACAUGGAAAACCAUUUCCAAUUAAUAACUUGAGAACCUCUCGACCCAGAAUGUUGAAACUUCAUAGGAUGAUUGUUCAUGCAGAGUAAAUGACCCCUAUUGUUUUUGGGGUCACUCCGUUAAAGGUCAAGGUCACAGGGGCCUGAACAUUGAUAACAAGUUCCGAUCAAUAACUUGAGAACCACUUGACCCAGAAUGUUGAAACUUCAUAGGAUGAUUGAACAUACAGAGUAGAUGACCCCUAUUGAUUUUGGGGUCAGUCUGUUAAAGGUCAAGGUCACAGUGGCCUGUUCAUGUAAAAUCAUUUUUUGGAAAUAACUUGAGAACCACUUGACCUACAAUGUUGAAACUUAAUAGGAUGAUUGGACAUGCAGAGUAGAUGACCCCUAUUUAUUUUGAGGUCACUUCAUCAAAGGUCAAGGUCACAGGACCCUGAACAGUGACUUGAGAACCACUAGGCCAAGAGUGUUGAAAUUUAGCGGGAUGACUGGACAUGCCAAGUAGAUGAUCCCUAUUGCAGCCAACCAUCAGUGUCUCUUUAACUUUCGCUCCUGACCCCUAUUGACUUCUUGCCUAUAGGACUUUGCAUUGGGGGAGACAUGCGCUUUUUUACAAAAGCAUUUUCUAGUUAUUUUCUGUUUAAGACAAAUCUGAGAUACUGCAACUUUGGUUGUGUGAAAGUAAAUAUGAAGUCCCUUGAGAUACUGUAACUGUGAUUCAACUGUAAAGAUACCACCUGUGUCGGAGAACAGACAGUGAGGGUUGUGUGCCAUAUCUUUUAUUCACUGUUUUGUGUCAUUAUGUUAAUGCUAUGUGUCAUAAUUGUGACAUACUUAUCCCAAAUUAACAUCACAAUUCCAGUCAUCCUUGUUUAAUAGUAGAACAAAUUGGGUUGUGUUAGAAUUGAAGUUUAUGUAUAACAUGGAAGAUAGUUUUCUAUGAUAAAGGUACUGUGAUAUCAUCGAAUGUAGGACGUUUUGGCCAGCGGACAUUUUGGCCCGGACGUUUUGGCCUAGGAUCUUUCGGCCUAGGAUGUUUUGGCCAGGCAUUUUUUGGGGGUAGUUAUUAGUUAUGAGGAAUAAAUUUUCAUUGACUUACUUGUAGUAUCAGUCUAAGAAACUGAAUCCCAACGAACAAAAAGAAUUUCUUAUAAUGCUAGCAUUAACUUUAAUAUACAAAACUUCAUGUCCCAACGAAACAAAACUAUAAAAAAAUCUAUGCCACAAAUUGAUCUCAUAGUACAGAUAUAUUUUAUAUGAACUUUUGUUUCAAUAAAGUAUAAAAUGUA